UGGAGAGUGACCAUCCGUCGUCCGGCGCUCACGGAGUUGGUGAGGAGUGCGGGUCGCUCGUGCCGGUGAGAUUCUCGCACCAGGAACUCUGCACGUGGAUAGAGAGCGUCUCGAGUGAGGUGGAAAACGUGCCGCUGCGCUGCGUCCGGAGGUGAUACUGCGCCGACAGCGCGGUCACGACCUGCCCACAGCGGAAAUCGGAGAGUGCUGCACCCAUCACGUCUGGUGCCAGAGGUCACACCGUCGGAGACCUACCACGGCACCAGUCAAUUCAAGCUGAAGACAUCUCUGUCUUGUGAAAGGCUCUGAAACAUUACAGCUGCAGUGACAGAAUUGAGUGAACGUUGACAGCGUGAAGAGGGCAAGUGGUACUGGUGAUUGGCCGCGCUUGUGGAGUACUGCAAUAAGGAUAUCCAGCUACAGUGAUUGAAUAAUAUUGCAACCGCGACCUCUGCAAGGUCUUAUCACAGACGGAAAACCGAAGGUGCGCCGGGAGCGCCGCGCCGCGCCGCGCCGGCCCGUGCCGACCGCUGCAGGACACCAUGCCCACCCUCUACUGAUCGGCCAGCGUCAUGGCCAAGAUCCUGAAGCAGCUGAGCGCUAUGCCGGGCCGGCUGUUUCCGGCCGAGCCGCCCGAGAAGCAGCGUCCGCCCGAGCUGUUCAUCGACGCCGACGCGCUGGACGUGUACGCGCUGCGCCGGUGUCAGUCGGACCUGUCGCCGCUCUACCUGACCCGCCUGUCGGUGUCAACGGACGACCUGCACGCGUCGACGCUGCCGCCGCCGCGCGGACUCAUCGACACACUGCAGGAGUUCAGGGUGAAGGGCCGAGGAGUGAUGAGACGCGUGCGCGGCGGUGCGGACAAAGAGCGCAGUGGAAAUGCGGUCUCGCGCAGUGAUAGCUUUAAGUUCCAGUCACCGGAGGAGCGAGGAGACAAUAACAUCGUGCCGCCCAGACGGAGAGGCAGGAAGAAGGGAGUCAGACCGCCCUCCAUGCCACAGCUGCUCGAGGACUACGCGGCGCCGGUCGACCUCGUCAACCGCGCCAAGUUCCGACAGGUCUCCCGCUCGGACGCCGCCAAGGUGGUGCAAGUAGACGACGACUACAGUGACGUGGUUGACUCGAAAGACUACGUGACUCCCGGCGAGGACGGCACACGGAAGAUCUACUGCACCAAUGCCGCCGACAGCGCUCUGGAUGCCGACGGGCGGCUGCUGGAUGAGUCCGACCUGCCCUACUGCCAGCCGUACGGGCAAACCAACGGCGUGACAGUUUCUCUGCCGACCUUCGACGAUGGAAGUUUAUAUGACGAGGUCAGCCCUCAGGGCACAUCGGUGGUGGUUCGCCGGCCGGACCCGCUCUACUCGGGACCGGAGCCCUCUCUGAGCCCCUCCGACCGACCGCUGUGCCGACGGUCUCCGCCGCGAGGCCCGGCCGACCCGCCGCCGCCGCCCCCGGCACCACGGGAGGUGGACGGAGAGGCCGACGGCCAGGAGGCGGACGACGCGCCCGUGUACGAGAACGUGCGCCAGUGGCCGGCGCCGCUGGCCAGCCCGCACCGGUACCGGCCCGGUGAGCUGGUGGUGGGAAAGAAGCGGCGCCACCGGCCGGCGUCCGAGCGCCGCGCAGCGUCCAGCCUCAGCCGCAGCUGCGAGGACCUGCGCGGCCGCGCUGCCGACGACGACGCCAUCUACGUGAACGCCGUCGACCCGAUCGUGCAGCUCGAGCGGCGCGCUGGCGGGGAGCCGCGCCGCGAUGAGACGGAGAUGAGCCGCCGUCUCUAUGAGACGGCGUUCGACAGCACGGCCCGGCCGCCGGCGCCCGACCCUGACGAGCUGGCGCGCCUGGCGGCCGCGCCGCGCCGCGAGCCGCCGCGGCCCGAGCUGCGGCCGCCGAGAGCUCGACCCGGACGCUGCUCCAACGGCGCCUCGCCGACAGACGCGUGGCCAGAGUCGCCGGCGGCACCGCGCGGCCCUGUGGACUCUCGCGAGGAGGCGCGGUCGGAGGUGCGCGCCGAUGUACACGCCGCGCCGCCGGCUGACUCGCCGCCGGCCAGGCCGGGCCGCGCGGCCAGGACUGAGUUUGUGGGUCUGUGGGGCUCCCCGGACCACUGUUUGUCAGAGAGUGGGCCGCGGCCGGCACCCGUACGGCCGGAGCGCGGCGUACUCCGCUCGGCGGGCCGGCCGCGCAGUCUGUGCUCGGACCAGGCCGGCACGCUCGGACACAGAUACGAGUGUCUGGAGGUGGGAGGUGGAACCAACGGCAGCGAGCGGCAGACGUCGCGACUGCUGUUCGCCGGAGACUCGGGGACUCGGCACAGCGGCAGCGGCAGUAGCACGCUGUCCAGCCUGGAGAGUCUGCGCAGCUCCAGCGGCGACAGCGACUCGACCGGGCGCGGCGACUCGCUCUCACGGUCACACCUGUCUGCCGACCUCUACCGGCGGCUGGCCACCGCCAAACUGCCUGUGCUGUCGCCCAUCUCGGACAAAUCUCAGGAGCUGGACAGUCCGGCGGCGCCCGGCGCGACGGCGGCGGCCGGAGCGGGGGCGGGGGCCGAGAGCCCACAGCAGCGGCCGACUGCCUGGGAGCCGCCGUCGCGACCCCGACUGCGCUGUGGCCUGCACGGCUCGGACAGCGGCAUCAGCGUGGACUCUCACGGCGGAGAGGCGGCCUCUCAACUGCCGUUCGACAUGCCCAAACUGCGCCGGAGGGCGGCCGCUAGCCUGUGCUCCCCGCAGAGCACGCUGGCACCGCCGCCGGCAGCGCCAUCUCUGGGCACGCUCAACGUGCCGGAGCCGGCCGCCGCUCGUCCCGCCCUCAGCCUGAGUCUGGACCGCGGCGAGACUGCCUCGUCCGCGGCAGACGCGGCGCCCCGCCGGCCGGCCAUGUCGCUCAGUCUGGGCUGCGCCUCCAACGCGGCCGGCGAGCGAAUCGAUCUGAGUGUACCGUUUCAGCAGCAGCGGUGGUAUCACGGGGCCAUAACGCGUGUGGAGGCGGAGAAGACGCUACGCUCGGAGCGCGAGGGCAGCUACCUGGUGCGGAUCUGCGAGUCCAGCCGCCAGGACUACUCGCUCUCUCUGAAGUCUGCCCGCGGCUUCAUGCACAUGAAGAUCCGCCAGGACCAGAGCAGCGGCAAGUACAUCCUGGGCCAGUUCAGCAAGCCGUUCGAGUCGAUACCGCAGAUGAUCCAGCACUACUCGCUGACCAAGCUUCCGAUCCGCGGCGCGGAGCACAUGUCUCUGCUCCACCCGGUGGCCGACGACCAGCUGCUGUAGCCGGCGCCGCUCCACCGAGCUCCACCGGUUCCGGUGGAGGCUGCCGGCCGCGCCGGCACUCCUUGUGAUACGGCCGCCGUCCGCUGGGUCGCGGGCCCGGUGCUCCUGAGAGGUCAGCCGGCCGCGACCGGGCCGGUCCGGUCCGGUCCGGCGGCGAUCGGCCCGCCUCUGUUCGCUGACGGUCAUAGUGUUAAUGUGGGACAGUCGUCAUGCUGCUGAUGUUGCUGUGACGUCGGCAGCUGUGCCGGCUGUGUCUGACCGGUCACCGGCGCCGCUGGGAUGUUUCCAGUGAGCCGGCGUCAUCCAUGAGAUCAUAUCGUACGUAAACUGGCAGGGCUGCGGUACGGGCGCUGAGGCGCCGCGGGUGACAGGGACGGCUGGUCCGCCGAGGUGUAUUUUUGUGUUCUGAGAGGUGCAUAUCAUGACCGGGAUGUGUGCUCUGUAACCCGUGGGCUGCCACAUAGACCACGUGUAGCUGUUUGUGACAAAUAGUGCCGAUUGUGCCAAAUAAAGUGUUGUGUAAAA